AUCCGACUUGGGUCAUGCAGUACGAACAAGGAUCCACGAACUUCAUCAUACUUCAGUCAUGCACAGAGAGAAACUCAUAGCUAAGAUUUCCAACACCUAGGCAUUAUCUUGAGAACUACGAAGAUUAUGGCUAUCCCGGUGAUCAUGGUGGCUCUAGUCCUCGUGAUGACUCCUCUUAUUGUGGGUCUCCUGUGCACCGCUCACUUUAUGGAGGCGGCUAAGGUCAUUCACCGGAACCACCAUAACCACCUGACGGAGGCGGCUGAGAUCCUUCACCCUAUCGAGUUGGCGGAUCAGAUCGUUGACGUCGGGCAUGGCGGUGGUGAUCAGCCUUUGGAGGUGGCCGAGAUAGUUCAAUGGCACAGGGGCAAUCACUUGAUGAACAUAACGGAGAUGAUUAUCCAGCACCACAUGUUGGCUUACUGGUUCUAACCAGUGAGAACUGAGAAGAAAAUAUAUAAGGUUGUGGAAGUGAGCUACUACAUCAUGAGAGCUCCCAAAGGUUGUGACUUGUGAAGAAAUGUUAUGGGGUUAU